CAGUCCCAGCGUGCAGCGCGUGAAGAUGGCGGGUGUUCUGGAGCGGAGCUACAUUGAGAUCUGCGGCUUUGAAAGAGAAACAGUUUCGCGGUUCAGACAGAUUACAUUAAAUCUAGGUGGUGUGGGGGUCUCCUCUGGUGGUGUGAAGUAUGCAGACAGUGCUGGCGGAUUCUCAUACGAGGACAGUGGGAAACUGCUGUCGGUCACCAGCAACAGAUUCAUCCACUGGGCCACCUCGGGUGAUACAGUGCAGCUUGUCGAGCAGUCGCUGGACACCAAUCUUCUGAAUAAUGCUGUGCGCCUGCGCAUCCCACAAUGCCUCCUCCUGCCCGGAGGCGUUUCCAUACAGGAGACACUCAACAAUGUCAUUAUUCUGAUCGUCACCAGCCAAUCAGUGCAUCGCCUGGUGUUACCGCAUCCGACCCGCAUGUACCGCAGCGAUCUGGUCACUGAACUCCAGAUGCAGUCCAUUUUCACAGACAUUGGGAAGCUGAAUUUAAAUGGCCCAGCUCACAGUUACGUUCUCCCGUUCACACAAGGCCCGCACUCCAGCGCUCCGUCCACGUCUGCGGCCUGGAUCAGUCACCAGGGGGAGGCGCUGUUCGCUCUCGCCUCGCCCUCAGGAGGCAUCGCUGUGGUCACCUUACCGGCUCAUGAUCAGGAUGGCUCCGUGUCCAUUCUGGAGUUGAAGCAGAGUUCAAUGAUGCAGCGUCUGGCCGGCUGGAUGCCCACUGCCAUCAGGGGAGAUCAGAGCAUGUCUGAUAUGGCCGUCAGUCUGGCUGUUCAUCAACUGGAGGACGACACUUUCAUUUUCACACUGUGUCAAGAUCACAAGCUGCGGAUGUGGUCACUAAAGCAUCAGAUGUGUGUGCUGGUCACCGAUAUGCUGGAGUUUCUGCCUGUGGGUCGAGGGGAAGUGAAGGCGUCUCCGGCCCAGGCUCAUAAACUGCGACUCUUCUUCUCCUCCUCCACCGGUCUGUGCGUCGCCGUCUACCUCUCUGUCCCCAAACGCAGCCAGUUCUGUGUGCUGCAGCUGGUGGCCAAUGAGAGCAGCCGCUACAGCCUGGACCACAUCUCCACGCUGUUCUCCACACAGGAGACGCUGGUGGAUUUUGUCUUGACGGCAACUGAUAUUUGGGCUCUGUGGCUGGAUAACGACAACCAGACGGUGGCGAAGUACAUCAGCUUUGAGCAUAACACUACAGGCAUGUGGAACCAGGUGUUCGUCCAGCCGUCGCCAGAGGAAGAAGUUCACAUCGGAGAAGACCAAGAUCCUCGGGAGAUAUAUCUGGACGUGCUUUUUUCACCGCUACGCUUCACAGCCUCGGCCAUCAUCAAAGCUUUACAGAUUUAUAAGCGAGGUCCAGAACGAUAUUCGGAUCUAUCAUGGGAGGAGCUGAAGAAAGAGGUCACGGUCACAGUGGAAAGCGAGCUUCAGGGCAGUGUGACGGAGUACGAGUUCUGUCAGGAGGAUUAUCGUCUGCUCCAGGUGGAGUUUUGGUCCAAGUUUUACGCCUGCUGUCUGCAGUACCAGGACGUCCUGUCCACACCUCUCGCCCUGCACGUCAGCCCCUCCACCGGCAUGAUCUGCGUCCUCAAGAAGGGCUUCGUGUCUUUCUUGUUGCCCUGCUUUGCUGUGGACCACCUGUACCUGUCCUCCGAUGAAUACUUGUUUUCUGAAGAGGAGACUCCUAUUGCUGAGGAUGCAGAAGUGAGCCGGGAUGUCCUGCAGCUGGUUCAGUGUCUGCGUCUGGUGAACGAGUCUCUUCCAGAAGAAAUGGCCUACGAGAUGGACAAAGCCCUGGACGAGCUGCUGUCCCCGGAGAAAGUGUCCGAGAAGAUCCUGGAGAGCCUUUUGGCCAAUGACACUGGGAACGUGAUUGGCGACAUUGCAAACAAACUGCAGGACAUCUAUAACCCCAUCGCUGCCAUGAACAUGCUGCUCCGAGAGCUGGACCUGGAGACUGACGCCGAGCCUGACGCCAGACACGCAGGUCAGUCUCUGCGAGUGCGCAUCAGUCUGUCUCAGCUGUACGGCAGCAGCGUCGCUGCUAGUCUGAUCUGUCAGGCCGUUUGUCAGACCGCCAUGACCCGAACGCUGCUCUGCAGAGACCUGCUCAUCCUGCAGCAGCUCUACCUGCGCAUCGGAGAAAAUGCGUUUAUUUCCGGCGGUCCUCAGUUGCUGCAGCUCCAGCAGGACUUGAUUCCUCGAUGCUCGAAUCUGCUUUGCACUUAUCACCUGCUCAAACAGAUGAGCCUGACGCUCUCCUCAUCUGUCCCACUAGACAUACUAAAUGCAGAUCUUCAGCAUCUCUCAGUUCUGGAGCUCUCCGACUCCUCCACUCCUGCGUCCAGCAGAUCAGUGUUGAAUCCUCAGACCGUGGUGGAGUUGUUCUACCAGAGCGUGGCCCGUAAAACCAUCAUGUCUCAGAUCUUCUCCCAGCAGGACAUGGAGAGCGAUCAGAGCGUCUUACACUGGCCUCAGAUGAUCUCCAGUGUCCUGACGCUGCUCUGCCAGGCUCUCUGGCCCAGCAAUCCCAGUUUCCUCUUUCCCGAAUGCCUGAUGGGAAACUGCCAGUACGCACAGCUCCAGGAAUAUGUGCGGUUAGUCGGGCCCUGGUGUCAGGUGAACGUGGGGUCUUACCGUUUUGUGUUGGGUCAGUGUUAUCUGGCCAGCGGUGAGGGGCAAAAGGCAUUGCAGUGUUUCCAGGAAGCUGCGACUGAGGUGAAUAAAGAAGAGUUUUUAAUGAAGCUCACAGGUUCAGAUGAAGAAACGGCGACCGCUCCACGAUUGCUUUACUACAACAAGGUCCUGCGGUUAUUGGAGGAUAUUGGGUUGCCGGAGCUUGUGAUUGAAUUGGCAACGCUGGCCGUUUCUGAAGCCACCGAUGACAAGAGAAGCCAGGCUGCUCUGUGGACUCGUAUCUUCAAGCAUCAUCUGGAUCUCGGACACAACAGUCAGGCGUAUGAAGCCCUGACGCAAAACCCGGAUUCUAGCAGGCAGCUGGAUUGUCUCCGGCAGCUGGUGGUGGUUCUGUGUGAACGCGCACAACUCCGAGAUCUCGUCCAGUUCACAUAUGUUAAUUUGCAUGACGAGGUUGUCAGCAUUAUUGAGUCUCGAGCGAGAGCCGUGGACCUCAUGACACACAACUACUACGAGCUUCUGUACGCUUUUCACAUCAAUCGGCACAACUAUAGAAAAGCGGGUACGGUGAUGUUUGAGUAUGGUAUGCGUCUGGGUCGGGAAGUGCGAACUCUUCGAGGGCUUCAGAAGCAGGUGAACUGUUACCUGGCCGCUCUAAACUGCCUGCGUCUCGUUAGUCCUGAUUACGCCUGGAUUGUGCAGCCUUCGUCUGGAGCCGCGUAUGAACGACCAGGCGCAUCCCCGAAAAGGACCCAUGAUGGAGAAUUUGCUGAAAGUCCAGUAAAUCAACAGAUCGACAUUCUGGAGCUGAAAGAUCUGGAGAAGGAGUAUGUUCUCGCUCGGAGUCGGCUGACUUUGGCUCAGCAGGAUCCUCCGUCCGCAGCCAUCGCAGG